AUGGAAAAUAUCUCCGACGAAGUUGUUUACACAACCGAGCCUCCUCAGACCACUGAUGAGAAGAAGGACCAAACCGACUACGAUGCCAGUAUCGCAGAGGUAUCCAUGACCACCGUUGAGUGGGUUGCUCAGCAACUGCUCAUCCCUCCCUCCGAGCUCGAUGGAUCCUACCCUGAAGAUGUCCAUUACAUGGCUCGAAAGGUUGAGGAAAUGUCCAAUGUUACUGCCGCCAGUAUCAUCAGAGCCAACAUUGACUACCACAUGAACGACAAGAACUUGCCUGCUGGCAUGAUGGACGAGUGCCGUGACCUUCUGGAGGAAUACACACAUGGACCUGAGGGCGAGAAGGAGGACGAGAUGGUCGGAGACUAUGCCGGUGAUGACUUCCAGCCAGAGAACUCUCUCAUGAUGCGAUACUACGCCGCUCUGUUCCACGACUGGUCUCCUUAUCCCCAGGUUCGAUCUGUCACCACCCCCAUUCCUGCAGACCCCAAUGAGCAUGUCGAGACCAUUCGAUGCUACAUUGUCGGAACCAUCUGGGUUGCUAUUUCUGCUUUCGUCAACCAAUUCUUCUACCCCCGUCAGCCCGCUAUUUCUCUAACCACACCCGUGCUGCAGCUCUUCCUCUACCCCUCUGGUGUGCUUCUGCAGUACAUUCUGCCAAAGUGGGGAUUCAAGCUCUGGGGUAUCGAUUUCGCCCUCAACCCCGGCCCUUGGUCCGCCCGAGAGCAGCUCAUGGCAACCCUCAUGUGUUCCGUGGCUGCCGUGCCCCCUUACAUUAACUCCAACAUCAUUGUCCAGUACUUGCCCAUGUUCUACGACCAGUCUUGGGCCCUCGGAUUCGGAUACAUGUUCCUAUUCAUGCUGGUCACCCAGUACAUGGGUUUUGGCCUUGCUGGUCUUCUGCGACGAGUGGCUGUCUACCCCACCCGAGCUUUCUGGCCUACUUCCCUGCCGACCCUUGCUGUUAACAAGGCUCUUUUGGACGGUCACCGAAAGGAAACUGUUAGCGGAUGGAAGAUCACUGAGUACCAGGCUUUUAUGAUGUUUGGAUUUGGUGCCUUCCUCUACUUCUGGGUUCCCAACUACCUGUUCACAGCCCUCUCCACUUUCAACUGGAUGUCCUGGAUUGCCCCCAACAACAUCAAUUUGGCAACUGUCACCGGUAGUGUCACUGGAAUGGGCUUCAACCCCAUCGCCACCUUUGACUGGUCCGUGAUCACCGCUCUUGUCCAGCCUGUGUACAUGCCUCUCUACACCAUUGUCACCCAGUACGUUGGUUUCGUGCUUAGUGGUCUAUGUAUUCUUGGUGUAUGGUACUCCAACUACUACAACACCGCCUACCUUCCAAUCAACUCUAACGACCUGUUUGACAACACUGGCCAGCCUUUUGAGGUCGCCAAGGUUCUCACUAACUCCCAGCUGGAUGAGGAUAAGUACCACAACUACUCCCCGCCUUACUACACUGCUGCAAACCUGGUUCUUUACGGUAUCUUCUUCGCAAUCUACCCCAUGUCAUUCUUCUACUACGUUGCCAACGAGUGGUCUGUUUGCAAGCAGUCCGUCAAGGAUAUCUGGCUGUCUAUCCGAUACCUGAACAGAUCCAACUACGAGGGUCGAGAUGAUCCUUUCUCUCGACAGAUGGCUCAGUACAAGGAGGUGCCAGAUUGGUGGUACUAUGCCAUCCUUAUCGUCAUGUUUGGUCUUACCGUUGCCUUCGUUGAGCACUGGGAAGUCCAGACUCCCGUGUGGUCCAUUGUUCUGAUUCUCUGUGUAACCCUGGUUUUCCUGUUCCCCUUCACCAUUGUCAUGUCUGCCACUGGUGCCCAGCUUACCCUCAACGUUAUUUUGGAGCUCAUUAUGGGUUACACCAUUGCUGGUCGACCCAUUGGUAUCAAUGUCGCCAAGGCCUUUGCCGUUCAGAUUCAGGCACAGGCUCAGAACCUGUCUUCUGACCAGAAGAUUGGCCACUACAUGGCCCUUCGACCUCGAUCCAUGCUGCGGGUUCAGCUGUGGGCUACCAUGGUCAAUGGACUUGUCACCAUCGGUGUCAUCCAAUUCCAGCUGACCAAGAUUGAACACUUCUGUGACAUCAAGUACCAGAAGGAGCACGAGAAGUUCACCUGUCCCAACGAGCGAACGUUCUUCACUGCCUCUGUUAUUUGGGGUCUUUUCGGACCCAAGCGAAUGUUCGACAACCAGUACCCCGUUCUUCGAUGGGCUUUCCUCAUGGGUUUUGGCGUCUUCCUGCUCUUCUGGGGUGUCCAGACGGUCCUUCCCUGGGCGCUAGUCAAGAAGUAUCCCCAGAAGGAGCGAAAGAUUCGAAAGUGGCAGGAUCGACUUAUGAUGGUCAACCCUGUUCUCGUCGCGUUUGGUGGUCUGUCUUGGGCUCCUUACAACUUGUCCUACAUGACUGGUGGUCUUUACAUUGCCGUCCUGUUCUCUUACUACCUCCGAAAAUACUACACUGCGUGGUGGAAGAAGUACACCUACGUUAUCAAUGCUGCCCUCACCACUGGUACCGCACUCUCUGGUAUCAUCAUCUUCUUCGCUGUGCAGUACACUAACAAGGAUCUGAGCUGGUGGGGCAACAAUGUUCCUUUCGCCGGUCAAGAUGGUGCUGGACCCCCUCUGAUGGACAUCCCUGCCGACCCUGGUUACUUUGGCCCCCCUCCUUCUCAUUAUCCUUAA